AUGCCAGGGACGAGCUGUCAGUCAGUUCUGUGCGGCGGCGUCAUGGGUAACACUGAGGCUGCAUCACCGGAGGGUCCGACUGAAGAUCUGUUCUUUCGGAGCAUGACCGGGAACACUUCAGUGAGUUUUGGAAGUCUGGAGGAUAUAGACUUGUCCGCGGAUGGCAGUCUGCUUCUGCGGUGCUUUAUCUCCCUUACGUACUCGGUGGUCUGCCUGGCAGGGCUGGUGGGCAACCUAUUCGUGCUGUUCUUCAUCCGUGCGAGUCAAGCCCGCAGCAAAUCAGCCACCAAUGUAUUCAUCUUGCACCUGGCUGUUACUGAUUUGCAGUUUGCGCUUACUUUGCCCUUCUGGGCGGCUGAUGCUGCGCUGGACUUCAGCUGGCCGUUUGGAGACGCCAUGUGCAAGCUUGUCCUCUCGGCGACUGUGAUGAACAUGUACGCGGGGGUUUUCUUCCUCACAGCGAUGAGCGUUGCGCGGUACCGGUGCGUGGCAUCAGGUGGACGCAGCACCUGGGUCAAAGGAGUCGCCGCAGUUCUGUGGAUGUUGGCGAUUGCUGCGACUGCGCCUACUUUUAUUUUCUCCACGGUCACCGAGGUGGCAGGAGAGGAGCUGUGUCUGUUGCGCUUUCCGGACGGACAGCGCUGGUUAGCCGCGUACCACCUGCAAAAGAUCCUGCUCGCGUUCGUCAUUCCGAUGGCCGUGGUCUCCAUCAGCUACCUGCUACUUCUGAGACUCGUGCGCCGCCGCAGUUUAAAACCCAGAGCCGGAGUCACCAGAUCGGUCGCCAUCGUCAUCCUGGCUUUCUUUCUGUGCUGGACGCCCAAUCACGCCGUGACCCUUUGGGGUGUCCUGGUCAAGUUAAACGCGGCGCGCUGGAACAAGGCUUACUACGUCGUGCACACCUAUGUGUUCCCGCUGACCGUGUGUCUUGCGCACACUAACAGCUGCUUAAAUCCUGUUAUUUACUGCCUUACGCGCACUGAGUUUAGAAGGAAAAUAAAAGACAUUUUUCUGCGAAGCUGA